CGAAAAACACUCCCUCCCCCCAAACCUGGAGCUCCCAUUAAACUUCCUCAAAAUGUAGCCAAUAUAAACUCACGCUGACAAACAGCAGCAGAGGAACAGACUUUUCGACUCAGAGAACGUCUCCAAAGAGCCUUGAUUUUCUGAAGGAUGUUGCCUGGAAACAGUGGAAGAUCAAGCACGACAAACAGUACAACAGUGAGGAUGAAGAAUUGAUGCGCAGGGCCAUCUGGGAGAAAACAAAAGUUAUGGUUGAAACUCACAACAGGGAAGCAGCUAUGGGCAAACAUACCUUCAUCAUGGGCCUGAACCACUUCGCAGACAUGACGAAUGAGGAAUUCAAUCUUAGAGGUGGUCUCCGUCCGAUUGAAAGGCCUGAGAACACCCCCUCCCUUUUCCCAAGAGUCCCAAUGUCCAGACUUCCCAGAGCUAUCGACUACCGCAAGAAAAAAAUGGUGACCCGGGUGAAGAAUCAGGGAUCCUGCGGCUCCUGCUGGGCCUUCAGCUCUGCCGGGGCUCUUGAGGCCCAGCUGGCCAAGAAGACCGGACAGCUCAUUGACCUCAGUCCACAGAACCUGGUCGACUGCGUGUCGGAAAAUGACGGAUGCGGAGGUGGAUACAUGACCAACGCUUUUAAGUACGUGAAGGAAAAUGGUGGCAUUGACUCGGAGGAGGCCUACCCCUAUGCAGGAGAGACGCAGCAAUGCAGCUACAAUUCGUCAGGCAUGGCUGCCCAGUGCAAGGGCUUCGUGGAGAUCCCAGUGGGCGACGAGCGUGCCCUGGCCGUCGCCCUCUUCAAAGCGGGUCCGGUGUCCGUGGGCAUCGACGCAACGCUGGGAACCUUCCAGUACUACCAGCGAGGUAUUUACUAUGACUCCAACUGUAACAAAGACAACAUCAAUCACGCCGUGCUCGUCGUUGGCUAUGGAGUGAGCGCCAAGGGGAAGAAGUACUGGAUCGUCAAGAACAGCUGGGGCGAGCAGUGGGGCAAGAAGGGCUACGUCCUGAUGGCGCGUAACCGCGGCAACCUCUGCGGCAUCGCCAACCUCGCCAGCUACCCCGUCAUGAAAGAGCCCUACAGUAGGAAGAAGUUCAGCCACGAUCGCGCCAUGACUUCGACUAUCACAGGUCUGAUGUUGGGGAGCCUGCUGCUGGUCUCCCUGGUCGCCGGAGCGGCGGCCAUGUUUGAGGGCAGGCUGGACGCCCACUGGGAGCUGUGGAAGAAGACGCACGGCAAGAAGUACCACAACCAGGAGGAGGAUGUGCGCCGCAGGGAGUUAUGGGAGAGUAACCUGAUGCUUAUUACCACGCACAACCUGGAGGCCUCCAUGGGCUUUCACACCUACGAUCUGAGCAUGAACGCCAUGGGAGACCUGACACCAGAGGAGAUCCAGCAGAUGUUUGCCACGCUCAGUCCUCCCACCCACAUCCAGAGGGCGCCAUCUCCCUUUUUUGGAGCCUCUGGCUCUGACGUUCCAGACACCAUGGACUGGAGAGACAAGGGCUAUGUCACAAAGGUUAAGUACCAGGGUGCGUGCGGCUCCUGCUGGGCCUUUAGUGCUGCGGGGGCCCUGGAGGGUCAGUUGGCCAAGAAGACCGGUAAGCUGGUGGACCUGAGCCCCCAGAAUCUGGUGGACUGUUCCAGCAAGUACGGAAACCACGGCUGCAACGGGGGCUUCAUGCACCAGGCCUUCCAGUACGUCAUCGAUAACCGGGGCAUCGAUUCCGAUGCCGGGUACCCGUACACGGGAAGGGAUCAGCAGUGUCGUUACGACCCAAGGUACCGAGCGGCCAACUGCUCCCGGUACAACUUUCUGCCCGAAGGGGACGAGGUGGCUCUGAAGCAGGCGGUCGCCACCAUCGGUCCAAUUUCAGUGGCUAUCGAUGCCACCCGGCCCAGAUUUACUUUCUACAGAAGCGGGGUAUAUAAUGACCCAAGCUGUUCCCAGAGUGUGAACCAUGCUGUGUUAGCUGUGGGCUACGGCACCCUGAACGGACAGGACUAUUGGCUGAUAAAGAACAGCUGGGGAACUACUUUUGGAGACCAGGGCUACAUCCGGAUGUCCCGCAACAGGAAUGACCAGUGUGGCAUCGCCCUGUAUGGCUGCUACCCCAUCAUGUAGCCGCAGAGGGAACUCAACUCAAACUCUUCAAAAAAUUCUUAGUAAAUCAUUUAUCCUUUGUUUUUACUACAACCCUUCAAAUACUAAAGUGUGAAAUCAGCACCUUUGGUGCCUUUUAGUUAUUUUUUUGGGAGAUUUUUACAGAUUUUCUCCAUGCACAUCAUCACUGACCAUGUUUUUUAGACUGUCAUGUUUGUGUGCGUUCCAAUGUUAAAGUGUAUGUUUUUGUCUUUGAUGUCUAAUAAAAGGGACUGAUAUGGUACUGGCAUCAGGGCAGUUUUGUUUUCAUUGGUUUACAGCAGCAGACUGUCCGGUCUGUUGGUCGUUACCACAUCUGCAUCCUGUGUUGGGGGUGAAUCGAGGCUGAAGUCACCGCUUUGUCUGUUAAAGCUGCCAUAAAAACUGUCUGAAAGGUUUCCAUUGACUCUUUGGGAUAUUGACUUGUUGGUCAGUUGUUGCGACAGAAGGAAGGAUCAAAUCAAUACCUGUCUUCCUGGUGAAUAUCCUGUGAACGUGCUGAUAUAAUGACAUGCCGUAUGUUAGCUGCCUGUAGGCAAAUAACGUCAUCUUAUUUUCCUGUUGCGUUGAGCCUUUUAUUAAACACCAAUCUACGCUUCUGA